GCCGCAUCUCGCCCUACUUUUUCAACGCGGGCUCCUUUUCGACCGCCUCCCUUUUAUCCUCGCUCGGCACCGCCUACGCCCAAACCAUAGCCGACGCUUGUACAUCUUCCUCAGAAAACCCGUCACCUCUCGAGUUUGAUGUCAUUUUUGGUCCGGCGUACAAGGGCAUACCGCUCUGCGCCAUCACAGCUAUCAAACUCGCAGACCUCAACCCCACACUCUUUGGUCAAAAGGAGUGGUGCUUCAAUCGUAAAGAAGCAAAGGAUCACGGAGAGGGUGGUACGCUUGUCGGUGCCCCACUUCAAGGCAAGAGGGUGUUGAUCAUUGAUGAUGUGAUCACCGACGGAGCGGCCAAGAGAGAGGCGGUCGAGAUUAUCAAAGCCUAUGGAGGUGUGUUGGCGGGUAUGGUUGUUGCGGUGGAUAGGCAAGAGACAACGGGUGUACAAGGGAGUCGGUUGAGUGCACUUGGGACGUUGAGGAAGGAGUAUGGCGUGCCGAUGGUAGCGAUUGUUACGCUGAAGGAUAUCAUCGAGUAUUCCAAGGGGAGAGCAGGGGAGAAAGAGUUGGCGGCGAUUCAGGCUUAUAAAGAGCAGUAUGGGAGUGAGGAUGUUUUAUAA